AUGGAGCAACUUGAAUUAGUGACAAAAAGUGAUCAUAAAAUAAUACAACUUAAAAUUAAAAAGACGUGGCAAAUACAUUUAGAUAGAGAAGUACAAGAUAAUAUAGGAUCUAAAUAUAACAUAAAAUUAAUGUGCGACGAAAAAUGGAUGAAAUUUACAACACAUGUAGAAAAGAAAUUAAAAACAACCACCAUCUCGUCACGAAAAGAAAAAUAUGGGAUAACAGUCAACUCGUUAAACAAAAACUGGAAAACUCUCAAAAAUAUAAUAAUAGAAGCUGCGGAUUGUGCAAUACCAAAGAAAAAAAUCAAAAAAUUUAACAAAAAAAUCAAUAAAGAAUUCACAAAGAACUAUAAACGUGCAAAAUCAUUUAAUAAACUAUAUCAAUUCAUAAAAAAAGAAAGAACUAAAUCAGUUAAAUAUAUUAAAUCACAUGAUAAGUUUUUGAAAGAAAAGAAAAAACUAUCAGUACUUAAUAUUGAAAUCGAAAAAAUUUUAAUAAACAAUAGGAAAUAUGAGGAAUUACUAUACAAAUUCAAAGAACAAAGUAUACGUUUUCAAACAAUCGCAAGAGUAGAGAAAAAGAAAGAAAACUUUAAAAAAAUCCAAAAAACCAUAGAAAAAAGAUGGGAGAAUCUUAAAGAAAGUCCUAAAAAAAUGAUUAAUAGUAUACUAGACAAGCCAAGAAAAUCCAUUAUUAUGGAUCGCUUGAUUGUUGAAUCAGAGAGCAAUAGUACAACAAAAAUCAUUACGGAUGAAGCAGAAAUUAAGACAGUAGUACAAAAACACUUUCAAAACUGGACAAGAAAAAGGAACACCAACGAAACAAUGAUGAAAGAAUGGGAGAAAUGGUAUAAACCAAUAUCAACAAUUGAUUCUAAUAACUAUAAAAAUUUGCUAAUAGAAGUAAGUAUAGACGAAUUGGAAGAAACCAUUUGCCUUUUACCUAACAAAAAAGUGACCGGGCAAUUAGGUCUACAAUAUGAAUG